CAGUUUUCAGACCGACAACGCACGGGCUCUUCGCUUGAUAUCCGGACAUAGAAAUAUGCAGAUAUCAUCCAAUUUUUAGUUGACACCUAUAUUUAAAAAGUCUUUGUCAAGCAACAGUAUCGAUCGCAUUCAUCAAUAACUACAGUAAAUAUCUAUAUAUCAAAAAAGUCUCCCAAGAAGAAGAAGCAGCGAACUGUUUUCGUUUUGUCAAAUCGAGUUCUUGUUUUUGUGGCUGAUUUAAAUUAUACCGGAAAAAUUCGAUUGGAAAAGAAGGAUAAUUUGUAAAGAGGAAAAUCGGCGGAAAUCGUGAAGCGAGGACUACAAAAUGCCUGAUUCUAUAACAAACGGUGGACGACCACCAGCACCUCCAAGCUCUGUGAGCUCAACAACAGCAUCGACAACUGGUAAUUUUGGUACUCGACGUCGUUUAGUGAAUCGUAUCAAGAAAGUCGAUGAACUACAUCCAGCACAAGAGAAUCCCACAAUGGGAUCACACUGGUUGUCCGAGCAAGAAAGAUCACGACUUGAAGCUGUUCAACAGGAUUGGCGAAGAACUCGACCAAUGAAAUUUCAGUGGACUUCAAAAAAGAGACCAGAUGAUCCAACGACAUCAUCUCCAUCGACAGUUUCAAUUAGUAAUGCAUUGGAAAAUUCAACACCUUCAUUAAACAAUGUUUCUUCGAUCACAAACUCUUCAUCACCAUUUUCUUUAUCGUCAGCUGCAACAUCGACAGCUUCUGCCAUAAUCCCAUUUACCUCAAAUGUAGCUACAAAUCAUCCACAUCUUAAUCACCACGUGUCGAGAAUACCACAGGCGAUUGUAACAGGAGGGACAAAUGGUUCAUUACCUCCAUUAUUAAUAUCACCGACGUCAGCAGCAGCCGCAACGCCGUUGAUUUCAGGAAAAGCGGGUCCAAUGUCACCAUCAACGGGAAGUCCAAUUAAUGUGGCUGCUACAGUAUUACAGAAUGCAGUUUCAAGUCCACAACAUAGUAUUUUUGAUAGAUCUAGGUUAAAUAAAAUUCCACCAAACACAUCAUUAGCAUCGUCUUCGUCUCCGAGUGAUGCUGCUAACAAUGAUAAACCUAUACAACAACGUCAUAGUAUUUUAUCGAAUGUUCGAACUCUCACUCAAGCAAUGGUAAACGAUGGACCACGAACGUUGACUGGAGAUGAUAUGGACAAGAUGGUCAGUGAAGAGGAAAGAGCACGAAAAGAGCAAGAGAAGCGAGAAGAAGAAGAGAAAGCAGCACGGAGAAUUGAUGUUGAAGAUGAUUUUGAUGCGCAAGAAAAACCCAUUGAUAAGAGUAAAAAUGGUCGAUUCUUAAAGUUCGACGAAGAACUUGGUCGCGGAUCGUUCAAGACAGUGUUUCGAGGGUUGGACACUGAAACCGGAGUGGCCGUUGCGUGGUGUGAGCUUCAGGAGAGUAAACUGAAUAAGACUGAAAGGCAACGUUUUCGAGAAGAAGCUGAAAUGCUCAAGGAUCUGCAACAUCCGAACAUCGUACGAUUCUACGAUUAUUGGGAGAGUGCGGAUUUGUGUGGAAAACGGAAAUAUAUUGUGCUUGUAACCGAAUUGAUGACUUCAGGAACAUUAAAAAUGUAUUUGAAGCGAUUUAAACGGAUAAACAUAAAGGUAUUGAAAUCUUGGUGCAGACAAAUUCUGAAAGGGCUUUCAUUUCUUCACACACGUAAUCCACCUGUAAUUCAUCGUGAUCUCAAGUGUGAUAAUAUCUUUAUCACUGGUACAACUGGUAGUGUAAAGAUUGGAGAUCUUGGAUUGGCAACUCUUAAAAAUAAAUCAUUCGCGAAAUCUGUCAUUGGAACUCCAGAAUUCAUGGCACCGGAAAUGUACGAAGAGAUGUAUGAUGAGAGUGUAGAUGUCUACGCGUUUGGAAUGUGUCUUCUUGAAAUGGUUACCGGAGAAUAUCCAUAUUCUGAGUGUAUGAAUCCAGCGACAAUCUACAGAAAAGUGAUAUCAGGUGUCAAACCAGAAUGUUUCUCAAGAAUUCCUGCACAAUAUCCUGAAAUACGUGAGAUAAUCGAUCGGUGUAUUCGUGUGAGACGAGAAGAGAGAAGUACCGUGAAGCAAUUGCUCGUUGACGAUUUCUUCACUCCAGAAGAUCUCAUCGGAAUUCGUGUUGAAAUUAAGAAUCGGGAUGCUGAUCUCAAUGAUCUUAACGUGGAAAUUCAAAUGCAACUCCGAGUUUACGAUGAGAAAAAGAGAAAACAAUAUCGGUUCAAGGAGAACGAAGGACUUCAAUUUGCAUUUGAUAUUGAAAAUGACAGCCCAGAUGAAGUUGUUCAACAGAUGAUCGAGCAACAACAUAUUCCAGAUGAGGAUACUCGAAUGAUAACAAAGUUGAUAAAAGACAAAGUGGAUGCGUUCAGAAGAGAUCGAGAUCAUCGUUUAUUGGAGAUUAAAAGAGCAAAAGAGGAGGAAGAAAGGAUACGAGAAGAGGCUGAGAUUAAAGAGGAAUUGAGGUUGAGAGCUGAAGCUAAAGAAAAGGAAAAGGAGAGGUUGGAGAAAGAACGAUUAGAAAAAAAAGCUGCAGCUGCGGCCGCAGCCAAUCCGAAUCCUACACCAAUUCCACCAACUCCAGCAACACCACACUCUUCUGCCCAACAACAGCCUAUUCCACCACCACUAUCAACUCAAACUUCGGCUGAAAUACAGCAGUCUGCUCAACAGCCAUCUGUACCUGUAACUAUGAUCGCAAAUAUCCCAGCUAUGUCGCCAACAUCAGCUCAACCACAACCUGUUUUAUCACCAACAAGUGCAGCGGUUCCAGUUCCAACGACAAUGAUUCAUGUUCCAAAACCUAGCGAGAUUCCAGUGCAGAAUGUAGCGACGACUGCAGCCCCGGUUGCGGCUAACAAUGUACCACCAUCACCAGCUCCAUUCAAAACAGAAGAUAUCCAAACUCCCACACUUGCCCAGAAUACGGUUCCACGAACAAUCUCCACUGAUGCUUCUGGACUUGUCAUCAAUACUCCUGCAUCAAUAGCAUCACCAUCACCUGCUCCUUCGGCUACUGAUGUUGCUUCAACAACGGCUCCAGUCACCCCUGCUCCAACUCCAACAACAACAACGGACGGUGGUGCAGCAGCAGCUUCAACAACAACUGAAAACAAGGAAGAAAAGCGAAAAAGCAACAAAAGAAAAGUGGUAAUGGAGAUUUUGGGAUGUGAUGAAUCGAGGAAUUUUGCAUUGGUCUCGUGUCGACUUGACACUUCUCAUAAAUCUGUUACCUUCCAAUUUGCACCAGGAACUGACAAACCAUGCACAAUUGCAACGAAACUUUUGGCUGAAGAUUGUCUUUUAAAAGUUCAUGUUCAUAUUGUUGAAGCACAAUUGGGAGAAGUUAUUCAAUUGAUUAAUUCUGAUGGAAAGAAAGGUGUUGGUACUAAAUUAGCGACGGUAUUGGAUCCAAAUAGUACUGAACCACCAACUAUCACUGCUGUCAUGCCAAAGGAUUCCUCUGCCGCAACUGCUUCUAAUACUAAGCCUAAGAUUGAAAUCGAGAAAACGCCACCAACGAGAGAUGCUUCCCAAGAGCCGAAUAAUGUUCAGGUUACGAACGUACGCAAAGUUUCACAAGAAUCAAAUGCCGAAAGUGUUCAAUCAAUUCCUCGUCCAGGUGGAAUCAUUGUGAUGUCCCCAACAAAUCAAACAGAUUCGGCUCCGCCCCCAACUGGAGCUGCAGCAAAACCAUCACGAUUCCAAGUAACAAAGUCAGCGGAUCCUAUAGCUACACCGAUAUCUUCGUCAAUAUCCACAGCAACAGUUAUCCCAAUUGUUGCAGCAACACCUACGAAUAUCACAUCCGAACCGGUCAUUGUCCAACCAAUCACUGCACAAGUUAUAACCCAUUUGGCUACACCAUCGCCAGUUUCUCAUUCGUUAUCAUCAAAUUCUUCUCCAAGUGCUACAACUCAUUCGAAUAUGUCAUCAAUUCAAUCAACGACUAGCGUUCCUGGAAGACGAUUCACAGUUCAGCCCGUCUCUCAAGCAGAAUCCGGAAUAUCUUCGUCAAUUUCUACGCCUCAUCCGGAACCGACGCCAGCAAUCACUUCGUGUCCUCCACCAGUUCCAAGUGUCCCACCAGUGGUGUCCAAUGGGACAUUGAACUUAGAAGUUGCUCCUAAACAGACUCCAUCAGCAACUAACCAAAAUGUCGAUACACAACAUUCAUCGUCAACAGCAUCAACAGCUACAUUAGUUUCGGAGACACCUGCUACAGUACAUGUUACUCCGAUCUCAGUGCCAGCUCCUGUUCAAGAACCAUUAGUCAUCGAUCAUCAUUCUGAUGUAUUGACACAAUUGGAUAGUGAGUUGAGAAAGUGUUUUCAGGUCAGUGGAGUAUCACACUCGGCUUCACCUUCAACGGUAGUCGAGUCGCUCACCUCAAUGACUCCACAAACAAUUCCAUUGGCUUGUCAAACUGUGCCCGCAUCGAUCGGUCAAGCUCCAGCAGUCAUCGCAGCUGCACACGCGGCGUCAUUAAUUCCAAAUGCAAGUGUUCCACAGUCACCUAGUCGUCUUGAUGCCGAAACUGGACUUGCCGGUCUUCACGAGAAGCUUGAAGCGCUGAAAAUGGAACAGGAUCGACGAGAAGAUAUGGGAGAUGAUGCGAUUGGCACAACAACCACAGACGGAAAGGACGAGAUACCGAUUGAUACGUUAAAAGGGCUCGCGGAAGCAUUAGGAAAAGUUAUUCAUGCGGAUGGUAGAGAAACAACACCAAUGCCACCGGAUCAUCCGGAUUUAACAGAUGCUUCAACGCAACAACUCAUCUCACCAUCUAACCCUGAUGUUUUGACAACGAUGUCGUCGGCUGUCGAAGGAUCAGCAUCAUCCACAAUGAUAGAAGACAUUGAUGCUUCAACAUCAGCGGUAGACGCGUCAAUGAUGAAUUCGAUGCCGCCAGGAGCUCAGAACUCUACAGAUCAGAUACCAGCAGCGAUGACACUGAGUAUGGAUCAAGAAUGUGCUCAAUCGAUGACGUCAUCGAUAACAAGAAACACGACAGGCACCAAAUUGGCGACUUUUGAGAAUCUUGAAACAGCUCUAUCUUCCACACUCGGAACACACAUUCGUCAACCGAAUGCACCGUCUUCUCGAGAUGAGACGACGGCUCCGAUGACACCAAGUUUCACAAAUGAAAGAAUUGGUGGUGGUGGAGGUGGUGGAGCAACAUCAUUUAGUAUAGGAACACCGCCCAGCCAUAGUCCGUUCCCUGUUUCGGAGUGUGAUUAUGAUUUGAAGGGUCAAAUGGAUUUGGAAAGCGAAGAUCCUGAGGUGAUCCAGAUGAUUGUUCGUCAUCGAAUGGAACAACACAAACUUCUCGAAAAGCAACGUGUCGAGAUUGAGCGUCUUCGUUCGAAAAUUCGAGUUCCACGUGCAACUUCUGUGAAUCCCGAAAUGAUUGGAGAUGAUGAAGCUGAUACGACGCUUACUGCUCUUCAAAGUGCAUUAGGCAAUGCUUCAUUGUCAUUGCCAGCCAGUCCGCCACCUAAUACUGAGAUUCCAGACAACGAAGGUCAACACCACUGUAAUUCCUUCCGAUGUAUUGGCGACCCGAAUGACAAUGUCUCAAUCGUCAACCAAAUCAAGCAACGUCUCGGUAUCAUCCCGUCAUCGCGACAAUCAGUCCGCUCCGCCACGUCAUCAUCACCAUCAACCCCACCCUCCUCAUCAUCCGCACCUCCAAAAUCACUAUCAUCCCCCACAAAAUCAUACGUCAGCCACUGCUCCUUGUCCAUCGGCUAUGGUUCAACUGCAAGCAGUGAGCAACAACAACGUGAACCCUCUCCAUCAGCCACCACAUCCAGUUUCCUCUCAGAUCCCGCCACAGGCGUAAUAGAAAAUGUAUGAGCAUCCAUAUUAUUACCCAACCCUCUAUCGAAUUUUAUCGGAGUCCAGAUAAUAAACUCUCCAUUUCGCAUUUUCUCUGAUUUUUAAACAAGGUUUCUAUAUCGUAUUGUCUCGGCCUCGCCGUUUUCUGUCCCUUUUUUAAAUUAUCCUUUUCUCCUUUUCAUUCUUUCAGUUCCUUUUUCAAACAAAAAAAGAAAAAAACGAGAACAAGAACAUCUACAAAAACUAGCGUGUAAUUUAUGUCGAUUUGUAUUCUGACGGGUUUUCGCUGAAAGUUUCGUGUAAACUGGAUAUCCUUCUUUCCACUUCCCUCAGCCCUUUAAUGUUUCUUCACAGAAAGUUGAGCAACAUUUUCUCUCUCUCUCUCUCUUUACUUUUUCGUACUGUUCCUUUACCAUAAUUUCUGUAAAUUUCACGUAAUCUUUCAAAAGUUCCUAAAACUUCUACUCUUCCCCAUCCAAGCCAACUGUCCUUCGUUUCUUCUUAUUACGAGUUUCGCCUCUUCAUCGUUUUUCUUCUUUUGUUUCAUUUUGUAUUACUUUUAUUUCUCUUCUUUUCGUAUCCUUUCAUUUUCUUUUUUUCCACAAAAAACUGAAAGUCGUGACUGGUGUCCGAGAUGAAAUAAAGAUACUCUCAUUUUU